CAUAUAUUAUAAACACCCUCUAGGCUCAUUUCUCACAUUUUCCAUCUUUCAUCACAAUUACAAAAGUCAAUCAACCCAAAACCACAAUCAUGGCUCCUUUUCUCGUCGGACCUCCAUCAAUUCAAACAAUCGAACCCACCACCACAGCAACCACCGGGAAUCCAUUCAUGGAUCUCAUGGUAACCAAUUUCAACAGUGCCAAUUCCCAUCCACCAUUAAUGGGUCGCACCGAAAACAACUCCGCCACUUAUCUCUCUACCGGAAACCCUUGUUUAGACUUUUUCUUCCAUAUCGUUCCUGAUACUCCUUCUGAAUCAUUGAUCAAUCGUCUUGAUCUUGCUUGGUCUUACAACCCUUUAACCACCCUCAAAUUAAUGUGUAAUCUUCGUGGUGUUAGAGGUACCGGAAAAUCUAAUAAAAAUGGGUUUUAUACUGCUGCUCUUUGGCUUCACAAAAAUCACCCUAAAACUCUUGCUUCUAAUCUACAGAGUUUUGCUCAAUUUGGAUAUUUCAAAGAUUUCCCUGAAAUCUUGUUUAGGGUUAUGGGUUUAACCCGUGUACCCAAAAUGAAAUCAGUUGUUAAAUCAUCACGUAUUUUUGGAUCUAUAAGGAAAUCCAAGCAAAAGAAGGGAAAAAAAGCGACGAAAUCUGGGAAAGAAGCAAGGAUUAAAGCGUCUGUAGCGAUGCAAGAGGUGGAAAAACAAGUUGCCGGUCAACUUCGUCAUUCCAAGAAAGCAGAAAUGGCGAAAACUGCUUUGGAAAGGUAUACUCGUGACUCUGAUUACCGGUUGCUUCAUGAUAAGGUGUCGGAUCUUUUUACGGAGUUUUUGAGAUCCGAUUUGGAAUUCUUGAAUUCUGGAAAUCUCAAUAAGAUCAGUCUCGCUGCAAAAUGGUGUCCAUCCUUGGAUUCCUCGUUUGAUCGUGCUACUCUUCUCUGUGAAGCCAUUGCUAGGAAGUUAUUUCCUAGGGAGAAGCACGAGGAAUAUUCCGGUGUGGAGGAAGCACACUAUGCUUACCGUGUUCGUGAUCGUCUUCGUAAGGAUGUUUUGGUGCCUCUACGCCGUGCAUUGGAGCUUCCAGAAGUUUUCAUGUCUGCAAAUCGUUGGAAUGAGUUGCCUUACAAUCGAGUUCCCUCAGUUGCCAUGAAAACUUACAAGGAAAUAUUCUUAAAACAUGAUGAAGAAAGGUUUAAUGGUUUUCUCGAGAAGGUUAAAUCCGGUGAAGCAAAAAUAGCAGCCGGAGCUGUUCUUCCCCACGAGAUAAUCUCCUCACUGAAAGACCCUGAUGGCGGAGUAGUUGCAGAGCUUCAAUGGAAGAGAAUGGUGGACGACAUGUUAAAAGAAGGUAAACUGAACAAUUGCAUUAGUGUUUGUGAUGUUUCUGGGUCAAUGUCAGGUACUCCAAUGGAGGUUUGUAUAGCACUUGGGUUAUUAUUAUCUGAGCUAUGUAAAAAUCCAUGGAAAGGGAAGGUGAUAACAUUUAGUGAAAACCCAGAACUCCAUUUGAUUGAAGGAAACGAUUUGAGAUCAAAAACAGAAUUUGUAAGAAGAAUGGAUUGGGGGAUGAACACAAAUUUUCAGAAAGUGUUUGAUUUGAUUCUUGGAGUUGCAGUACAGGGGAAACUUGCAGGGGAUCAGAUGAUUAAGAAGGUGUUUGUGUUUAGUGAUAUGGAGUUUGAUCAAGCUUCGAGUAAUCCAUGGGAGACUGAUUAUGAGGUGAUAAAGAGGAAGUUUAAGGAGAAUGGGUAUGGUGAUUAUGUACCAGAGAUGGUGUUCUGGAAUCUUCGAGACUCGAGGGCGACUCCAGUGCCGAAAAAUCAGCAAGGAGUAGGGCUUGUGAGUGGAUUCUCUAAGAAUAUGAUGAAGUUGUUUUUGGGUGGGAAGCAGGAUGAGCUUAAUCCAGAAGCUAUAAUGGAGGCUGCCAUUUAUGGGGAAGAGUACAGUAAACUGGUUAUUUUGGACUGAUUCUGGAUACUUGUAUUUUUAUUUCAUUAUACCGCUUGGGAGGGGUGUGGUUGUUGUGGUUCAGAUUAGUUGUUAGAAGCAAAUGCAUAACAUAUGUUAAAUUGUUAAUAGUAAUCUAAAAGUAAGACUAUUUGCGGCGCAUAUUUGAAAGAUUAGAUUUUUUUGGUUAAUUUUUCUAAUGUGUUGAAAUACAUGCUUUAAAAUCAAGAUAUUUGUAUGAGCUAGCAAUGAAAUAAAUAAAAAUACUUAGUUUUAUUCUUA